UCUUUUUUGAGGUGAGUUUUUCUAUCUUGUCAUACGGUCCAGCAAAGAAUAGAUGAGAGAAAAAAAAUGAAGAUGGGGAAUUAUUCAGCUGUGACUGAAUUCUUUCUGGUGGGACUUUCCCGAUACCCAGAGCUCCACCUUUUUCUGUUUAUGAUCUGCCUCAUCACGUAUGUGAUAAUUCUGCUGGGAAAGAGCCUCCUCAUUAUCAUCAGCAUACUGGAUUCUCGUCUCCACACCCCCAUGUACUUCUUCCUUGGAAACCUCUCAUUCCUGGACAUCUGUUACACAUCAUCGUCCAUUCCUCCGAUGCUCAUCAUAUUUAGCUCUGAGAGAAAAUCCAUCUCCUUCAUUGGCUGUGCUCUGCAGAUGGUUGUCUCCCUUGGGUUGGGUUGCACUGAGUGUGUCCUCUUGGCUGUGAUGGCCUAUGAUCGGUAUGUGGCCAUCUGCAACCCACUGAGGUACCCCAUCAUCAUGAGCAGAGUGCUUUAUGUGCACAUGGCUGCCUGGUCCUGGAUCAUAGGCUGUCUGAAUUCCUUAGUGCAAACAGUCCUGACAAUGGUGUUACCUUUCUGUGGGAAUAAUGUCAUCGACCAUCUUUACUGUGAGAUCCUGGCCCUUCUUAAACUCAUUUGCUCAGAUAUUGCCAUGAAUGUGCUUAUCAUGACAGUGGCAAGUACUGUUUUAUUGGUGAUUCCUCUGCUGUUAAUUUUCGUCUCCUAUGUUUUUAUCCUCCGUUCCAUCCUUAGAAUUAAUUCUGCUAAGGGGAGAAAGAAAGCUUUUUCUACCUGCUCAGCCCACCUGACUGUGGUUAUCUUAUUCUAUGGUUCAGCCCUUUUUAUGUACAUGAAGCCCAAGUCAAAGGACACCAAAGUAUCUGAUGAAAUCAUUGGACUGUCUUAUGGAGUGGUAACCCCGAUGUUGAACCCCAUCAUCUACAGCUUGAGGAAUAAGGAGGUGAAAGAGGCUGUGAAGAAAGUCCUGAGCAGGUAUCUGCAUCUGUGGAAAAUAUAA